AUGCAGCGAGCAAGCGGUAGUGAAGAGCGCACUCCGCUAGUGCAGCCUACUUAUGUCUUCGAGUCCAGUCUUUCCAGGAACUAUCAGAAGCGCCUGCGCAAGUUUCAGUGUGCUGUUUGUGUAAUUCUCAUCGUAAUUCUGACAGUGACGAUGUUGGUGACAGUUGGAUAUAAUCUAACAACCGAUGACGUCACAGAAUCACCGCCCAUAGCCAACCUGACGGUUACAAACACAGACUUGCAACCGCUUCUCAAAAUGUCUUGGCCCUUACAAGGUCCGCCCUCACCGGAAUGGCCGACCAAAACUCCAACUUCAGAAGAGAUAGCUUCAGCAGUAGCACAAGGAAACGAUGCUUUACAAGAGCGACGGAAGAUGGAGAGUUUUCUGACACCUUUGGACAAAGAUUCACCAGCAUCAAGGGCGCAGCGAGCGGCAGCAACGUCAGCAGAUGUCAAACCUUUAGCUGACUCUGCAUACGCUGCUGAACAGGCUACUAGAAGCCUUAUUAAUGGAACCAACUCGUCCCUCAUCGACGGCAGUGUGGGUGUAGGUCCGAUUAUCAAUGGCUUCUUCCCCGAGCCCAGAUACUGCAGGCCGCCAACUGCUCCUUGUGAAACAUCACGAUACAGAACUCAAGACGGAUCCUGCAAUAACCUGGAGAACCCACUACGUUGGGGAGUUUCAAAUACACCCUUUAGACGGGUCCUACCACCUUCAUAUGGCGAUGGAAUCAGCUCCCCAAGGACAGGCGUAGAUGGCGCAAUGUUACCAAGUGCUCGAGACGUGAGUGUGACCGUCCACAGACCAAGUUAUGCCCACGACUCUACCUUGACUGUGAUGCUGGCCGUAUGGGGGCAGUUCAUCGACCACGAUAUUACUGCCACUGCGCUUAGUAAAGGCGAGAACAGUUCCUCCUUACAAUGCUGCAACACCAAUGGCCCUGUCCAUCCUGAAUGCUUUCCGGUGCCGCUGGAUGCAGAAGACCCUUAUUACCAAGACUAUAACAUUACUUGUAUGGAAUUUGUUCGAUCUGCUCCCGCGCCGACUUGCCACUUUGGGGCACGGGAACAGCUAAACCAGGCUACAGCAUUUCUGGAUGCGUCAGCGGUAUACAGCUUUGCGGAGAAGAAGACCUGGAAACUACGGGAAGGCAUGCGUGGACAACUGAAAAUGCUCCGCAUUGGAAAAUGGGAGCUGCUUCCACCAUCAACAGAUCCGAAUGAUGGAUGUAAUACGGUGGAAAUGAACGCGAAAGGACGUUACUGUUUUGAAUCAGGAGAUGAAAGAGCAAACGAAAAUCUACAUUUAACCACAAUGCAUUUGAUUUGGGCGCGGCAACACAAUCGAGUAGCUGCUGAAUUGAUCAAGCUGAACCCAACCUGGUCUGAUGAGACGGUGUUUCAGGAAGCCAGAAGGAUUGUAGGAGCUCAGAUGCAGCAUAUCACAUAUUCGGAGUUCUUGCCAGCUAUCUUAGGUGUGGAUGUGAUGUGGGCUCUCAACUUAACCCUUCGUAGUUCUGGUUACUCUGAUAUCUACGAUCCUACAGUUGACCCUUCCAUUGCGAACCACUUUGCGUCAUCAGCCUUCAGAUUUGCUCACACCUUGCUACCAGGUCUGAUUCACAAUGUGGACGUCAGUACUGGCACCGUUAGCUACACCCACCUACAUGAGAUGCUAUUCAAUCCAUUCGCACUUUACAACACUGAUAAGGGUGCGAGGCAUGCGGUCAAAUCUGCCAUGGACACUCCCGUUCAUACAGUGGACCCACAUGUAACUUCCGAGCUUAGCAACCAUCUCUUCGAGCGUCCUAUAGUCGUGAACUCAACACCUUCAACCACGCCAUCGGACCCUAUGCUCCAUCCCUGCGGCCUUGACCUGGUAUCUUUAAACAUCCAAAGAGGAAGAGACCACGGUUUGCCCUCCUACCCAGCCUGGAGGGAGCUCUGUGGACUCUCGAGACCUAAGACCUUUCAAGACUUGGACGCCAUCUUUGAUGAGCUUUCUCUUAGUCGGAUCUGUAAAAUCUAUAAGAAUGUAGAAGAUAUAGAUUUAUACACUGGAGCAUUAGCUGAGCAACCGGGAGGCAGACUUUUGGGUCCUACCCUCACUUGCCUCAUCGCAGACCAGUUUUACAGGGUGAAGGUUGGUGAUAGGUUCUGGUAUGAGACCGGAGAUCCAGAUAUCAGAUUCACAUUUGAACAAUUGUACGAGCUUCGCAAAACAACGCUGGCUGGAGUCAUCUGUGCCAAUGAGGAACUACUAGACCUUGCACAACCAAGAGUCAUGGAAGCCCUCAGUGCUACUAACCCACUCGUGGACUGCAAGGAACUUCCCCAACCUGACUUCGAACCCUGGAGAGAAGGGCCCAAUGAGAUGACCAAGAAAACCAAGAAAACUAAAAAGAACUAG